UGCGGCUGGCGGCUUACGUCAAGAACAGAGGGCAAGUCGGAGCCCGGGACCCAAGAAAAAACGCAUCUAGCGUUUCCAGAUUACCUUCCUUCUCUUGCUCAGAAACUCUGGAGGAUUUUUAGUGUCAGAACUGCACUUCCCGGCAGGCGUCCGAAGGCAGCUUCCGGCGCCGUCUUCUCCCAGCACCCCUUCUUUCCUUCCGGGUUCGUCCCUACGGACGGGGACGCGUGAGCCGGGCCGGGCCAGCAAGGGAGACCCAGCGCCCUCGGCUCCCCGCGGGCGCUCGCCCUCACCAUGGCUGAGCUGAUCCAGAAGAAGCUGCAGGGAGAAGUGGAGAAGUAUCAGCAGCUGCAGAAGGAUCUGAGUAAAUCCAUGUCGGGGAGGCAGAAGCUCGAGGCUCAACUAACAGAAAACAAUAUCGUCAAGGAGGAACUGGCGUUGCUAGAUGGAUCCAACGUAGUCUUUAAACUUCUGGGCCCCGUGCUCGUCAGACAGGAGCUGGGGGAAGCUCGGGCCACAGUGGGGAAGAGGCUGGACUAUAUCACGGCUGAAAUUAAACGAUAUGAAUCCCAGCUUCGGGACCUUGAACAGCAGUCAGAGCAACAGAGAGAGACCCUUGCUCAGCUGCAGCAGGAGUUCCAGCGGGCCCAGGCGGCAAAGACAGGGGCUCCUGGAAAAGCCUGACCCCAUGGUAGGAGGAGGAAAGACAAGGCAAGGCAUGAGCUCUAGGGUCUAUGUUAUAGCAGUUAAUAAAAUGCAAAAGAACCUG